AGGGCAAGUCCUGCCUGGUCUAUUUACUCUGCUUCUGCCCGCAGCUGGGAAGCAGGCGCUGAGCAGCAACAGGCGGACGGCAGUCAAAAGUCUGGAGAGUUGUCGUUGUCAAAGUUUUGGCAAAUUAAUGAAAAAGAGAGGAGUGUAUAGUCCGUUUCUAAAUGGAGCUACUUCGGUUUUCCGCUUUUGGUAUGGAACGAUACUCUUUGGUAGUAUCCUGCUUGAUCAGCCGGAGGCCAGUCUGAGUAUGAUAAAGAUCAAAAAGCUGUGUAAGUUCUGUGACACACAGGUGACCAACUGCAGUGGGACAGGGAGCUGCAAGGUGGAAUGUGACAUCACGGCCAUUUGCCCGCAUGCGAACGAAGUGUGUGUCAGUAUCUGGAGGAAGAAAGACAACAAUGUCACCUUGGAAACACUCUGCUACAACCCGGCCCACAAACUAUACGGCCUGGUCCUUGAGGAUUACAACAACAGCAAGUGUGAGAUGAAAGAAAAGAAGGGCAUGGGCUCAGAGUUCUUCAUCUGUUCCUGCUCUGAAGAUGAGUGCAAUGAGCACGUCUUCUUCACCUCCUCCUUUCCUUUCGGUCCCUCAGACUCGCUGGACUCCCAGGUGGUGUCUGUCAUCCUGGUGAGUCUGGUUCCACUGCUGGUUCUGGCUGUUCUGGUUAUCACUUCCUUCUACUUCUACCGGGUCUACCGCCAGCACCACGCCACUUCAAAGCGCAAGAAGGGCCCUCCAGUGGACUUCAGCGAUGCUCAUGCCAUCAUGAUGGACGACGAGGGCUCGGACAUCAGCUCCACACAUGCCAACAACCUCAACCACAACACUGAGCUGCUGCCCAUCGAGCUGGACGUCCAGGUUGGAAAGGGACGCUUCGCAGAGGUUUACAGGGCAAAGCUGAAACAGGGCUCGUCAGCCGGGGAGCAGGCCUUCGAGACUGUGGCUGUCAAGAUUUUCCCGGAUGAGGAGUACGCCUCCUGGAAGAAUGAAAAGGACAUUUUUUCAGAUGCAGACUUGAGACACGAGAAUGUGCUUCACUUCCUGACAGCAGAGGAAAGGAAGGUGCAGAAGCAGUACUGGCUGAUCACGGCCUACCAUCCCCGAGGGAACCUCCAGGAGUACCUGACUCGCCACAUUAUCAGCUGGCAGGACUUGUGGCUGCUGGGGGGGUCGCUGGCCCGUGGCGUGGCACAUCUCCACAGUGACCACACGCCAUGCGGACGCUACAAGGUGCCUAUCGUGCACAGAGACAUCAAGAGCUCCAACAUCCUGGUGAACAGCGACCUGACCUGCUGCCUGUGUGACUUCGGACUAGGACUCCGCCUGGACAACUCUCUGUCUGUAGAUGAGCUGGCCAACAGCGGACAGGUGGGGACAGCCCGAUACAUGGCCCCAGAGGUGUUGGAGUCCAGAAUCAACCUGGAGAACAUUGAGUCUUUCAAACAGACAGAUGUUUACUCCAUGGCUCUUGUUCUGUGGGAGAUCACGUCCAGAUGCAGUGCUGUCGGAGAGGUGAAAGAGUAUGAGCCACCCUUUGGGAAGGUGAGGGAGCACCCAUGUGUGGAGAGCAUGAAGGACAGCGUUCUCAGAGACAGAGGCAGACCUGAGAUCCCCAACAGCUGGAUCAACCACCCGGGCAUCCAGAUGGUGUGCGCCACCAUAGACGAGUGCUGGGACCACGACCCGGAGGCCCGUCUGACAGCCCAGUGUGUUGCCGAGCGCUUCAGCGACAUGGAGCACCUGGACAAGCUGUCGGGCCGCUCUGACUCAGAGGAGAAGAUCCCUGAGGAGAUCUCUGUGGUGGAUGAGAAGUAGAGCUCAACGGCAACGCUGGCCCCCACCAGGGCGGCUGAGGAACUGCAACCCAGGAACUGAGAGGGAGAAAGCCAUUCCAGUGCAUGUGUCAUUUGCUGUGUGGGUUCGUCAGGGAUGUGCGGACGGAGGAGCAAGCCAGAACGUCUUGGACGUGAAAGGGAACUACGCAGGAUUACCAAAGAUGAUCAUUCUGGUUGAUUUGUUUUCUCCUCAAUGCUCCAAAGACUGGACCAAGUCAUGAAUUAACAGGGAAAACACAGUAUAAAGCUUUUGUAACCAAAUACUGUUUGCACUUUAUCAGUAUCUAUGCACACCAAAUAAUGUAUAUUCAGUCCGUUUUGUUUUGUUUUGUUUUUAUGACAGUGCAGUGCAGUUAUAGGAAAUAAAGGGACUGUGUUUGUUUGAAACAAGGGGGAAAAGGGAGCAAUCUCAAAAAAGUUGAGGCAGUUAGUAACACUAAUGUCCCCCCUGAAGUGUAUUUGACUGACUGCUCAGAUGUUUGUGUAGGUGGCCUUUGAUGGAUGGCGGAGGGACCAGAGCACGGUGUAACGUAAGAAUUCGAGGUGCAAGUAUCAUUUCCCCUGGCAUGAAAUGGAAAUGACCCUCAGCUGUGAAAUAGAAAAUCCAUCCAAAGCAGUAAGCUGCGGGAAAUGCUGAUAUCAUAUCCCAAGGACUGUGGACUGCAAAAUGAAGACAGUUGAAAGUGCCCUGAAAGGAAAAAGGGAACAUAUACAUAUAUAUGCGUAUUACUCAGAGGACUCUGCGCUAUAAAGGAAAGUCUAUUUAAUCAGACCAAGAGAAUAAAGGGAAUGGAGAUAUGAAUUAAGGACUCUAAGCUGGAAGUUCCAGCCCAGCACAUAACUGCUAUGAAAGCUGGACUUCUUCAUAGACAUUUUGCAAUAGAAAAGGGAAUUCUGAUCCCUUUCUCAUUAAAGAUCUCUAUCAAACUCAUCUGUGUAUAAAUGUUUAAAGCCAUAAUUAAAAGAGUUUCAGUAUUCCGUGUA